AUGGAUAUAUAAUAUAAGUAAAAAAAUUUAGCUAUUAAGUUAAUAGUUUGAAAUUGUUCAGUUUCCUCUAAAUAAAAAUAGUUUUCCUAUAAUUGAAAUAAUUGAUGAAAAAAAAACAAUAUAAUCUUCUAGUUACGAGUCUUAUUCCUAAAAAUAACAUAUACAUUAAUUAUGGUUAGGUUAAAGGGAAGAAAAUUAAAAUCUAACAAUCUCCAUUUAUUCGAAAAUGGAGAAAGUUUACUAGAAUAUUAAUGAAACAGACUCCAAAAUGAGUUUUAAAUUAACCAUAUAUGAUAAUGUAUAAUAAAGGUUCAUUUUAAUUAGAUUGAGUAAUUAAAAGAACCAAAAUGCAAAUUUCCAUCUUAUGGUUUAAAUUGUGAUUAAUCUGUAAAUUUUAUUGACGUUGGCUUGUUAGUUUAAAUUAACCUGAAUAUAUAGAGUUGGUUUUUUGCAUAUUAUCAAUUGAAAAGCUUGGAUUACAUUGUAAGCAUAAUUUAAAAUGAAUAGUUGAAAAUAUCCAAUUCCAAUGCUCUCAUGGGAAUUUCACUUUUAUCUGGUGUUUUUGAAACUUUUGCUGAAUAACCAAAUUUUUUUAAAGGAUAUUAAUUAAUAGAUAAGAAAUAGAAUGUAAAUAUUAAUCUAAAGAAUUACUUUUCAAACUUAUAGGAAUCAAAUGAAUACCUAAUAUUUAUUGGAGUAUUUAAUGAAAAUUUGGAUAGAGAACAUAGUCUAAUAUUAGAAUUGAAGUAAUCUUAUAUAGUAGACUAGUAAAAUAUAAAUUGAUGAAUUUCCAUUGUGGGCUAUUUUAACUAUAUGUGCCGUUAUUUUUUUAGGUAUAAUAAUUUUAUUCCUCAUUUAUUAUUCAUAUAAAAAGCAAUAUAAAAAGAUUACAUAUGUAAAACCAGUGUUGGAGGAAGCUCAUUUAAAUAAAUAUAUGCCGGCUUAGAAAAUGUUAUAAGAAUAUUUGUCUAAGGAAUGCUCAAUAUGUUUAUUACAAUUUGAAAAGAAAGAGAAAUUUAGAAUAACACCUUGUAAUCAUCUGUUUCAUGAUUAAUGUUUAUAAGAUUGGACAAAGAAAAAUAGUUAAUGUCCAUUAUGUAGAUAAGGAUUGAAAGAGGAAGAAAUUUAAAUAUUCUUUGCUAAAAUUCAUAGUAAUAAUAAUGAGUCCUAAAGUGAAAUUAAUAAGAAACCUUCUGUUUAAUUUAUUCCAUUAACAAACUCAGAUUUAACUUAUUAAACUGGAAAUAAAUCUGAUAAUUCUCCAUCAAAUAAUCUAUGUAUGAGCAAUUCUAGAAGGUAGAUGAGCAUCUAGAUUAUUCGUGAUGAAAUAUUGGAAUGA